AUUAUUUUCUUAUCUGUAAUCAGUUGUUUGUGUUCCGCUCUAUAAUAUCUAUUGAUUGCAUCUUCUAUCUAUCAUGUCAUCGUAGGACUGUCGCCGAGGCCCGUACGAAAAUUAAAGGCGGUUUUAACCUGCCAUGCACAAAAUCAGGAUCUUCAGAUCUUGAUAUGCGGUGAUAGUCUUCAGUUCAAAAAGUAGUUUCUACAUCAAAAAUCAUUUUUUUUUAAACCAAGCCUCUUCUGGGUAAAGCUUCCAAAAACGCACAAUUUCGGAGAACAUUCGUACGGGCGACCAUCCACCACAAAUUUAUUAUUAGACAUCAAUUACGUCACAGGAGUGACGUCAUCAACCACACACCAUAUUCGGAACGUGGCUUGAAGGGUCUAUUAUUCUCGGCGCAGUCGAGAUAGGUCCCAUUUUAUGAACGAACUAAGAAUUUGUUUUAAAAAAAAUCAAUUGUACAUAAAUAUUAAUUUUAUACACUAUUUUUAUUUUAUUUUUUAAAUAAAAUUUCCAACCCAAAAUGUCGGACGCAAAAGACAAGGGUAAUAUAGAUGAGUUGUGCCAAGGAGUUUCUGAACUGACCGUGUUGUCGUUCAGGAAACUGGAUGAAGUGAAACGACUGGCCAAUCAUUUCCGCUAUGUCAUGAACCAUCCAAUCACGCAGCAGAACAAGGUGAUCAUGCGUUAUCUGAAGAAUCUGGAUGAGACGCAUAGAAAGAUUUUCUUGAAGAAACGCGAUGACGUCGAAGUGGAGUACAUUUUUACCACUGAGAAGAAAUCUAGCUUGCAACGGCAGCGUUUCAACAGUUUGCCGGUGAGCGAAGUGCCGGAGUUACUAAAAGCGGAAUUGCUGACUUCGGAGAAUGCUAAACAGGUGCAUAUAUGCACUGACUGUGAUGUUGAAAUAGAGUUGAACGACGAGGAGCCUUUGAUGGAGUCGCUACAGAAGCAUUUCAACUUGGAGGUCCAUUUGCCAAAGUUGAAAAGGGAAAGCAUUGACGUUUCAGAGCCAGUGCUCCUUCCCAAAAUGUCUAGACGUCUAUCCGCUAUGGAAGGUGGUGAGAACACAGCGGGGCUCGAUCAGUUAAUCCAAUUCGUUCGCCCUUCAGAGAGGCUGGACAAGAUGUUUGUUGGGAAACUAGAAACGUCUCUAAUCAAGCACUUGCCGGAUAACUCUGAAGCGAGUAUCGAUGCUGCGAUACGCUUCUAUCAAAGUGCUUAUCAGAAGCUGUGCCAAGAAGUGUCAGCAAUCGACUUCUCGGUGCUGACCAGUUCAGUCGCGCCAAUCAUUAUGUCAAUCAAAGACAAUGUUAACCAGAAUUUCACCGUUGACGCUAACAGGAAUUUUGAGAACGACGAAAACGAGCAAACUACUGAGAGACCGGUUAAGAAUCAAGUGAAGAAAUACAGGUAUUAUGGACCGAUUGAGAAUUUAAUUGUCAAGUUACUGUUGAACCACAAAUUGUUGACUUUAGUCGACGAUCGUACAGGCAAGUUGGCGUUCUUUUGCAUGGCUUGCGAAUACUAUACCUUGAGAUUCCGUUACGACAGCGUAUUGAACCAUGUAUUCAGCGAAACGCAUAUACACAACCUGUCUUGUAUCCUGCAGUCGGAUAAACACAUCCCAUUCCCCAAUGACAAUUCUCCAAUGGAGAAAAUUAAAGAGUUGAACUUGAAGUUUUUAUUAAACCACGGCAUAACUGAAGUCAACGGUCUGAACUGCGGUUUGUGUAAAACAUUCAUCGAGUCCUCUGAUAAUAUAAUAAUGCACAUACUAGACGAGAACCAUUUAGGUCGUCUGUCUGAUAAGUUGUACCGAAAAAUGAAGGCCAACAAUCCUGAUGGACCUGUACCUGACGAGUGGGGUCCCAAGAAUUUAGAUUGGGCCAAAUUUCUCGCGAGCGUCGGCAAACCUCUAAACAACAGAGACCACGUUGUGAUUGAGAACUUCAUACGCCCGUCCAGCAAGAUAGCCAACUAUUGCUCGUGCUGUGACAUGACCUUGAAAGGUCCUCGUCAGGUGCUGUUCAACCAUAUACGCCAAAAGAAGCAUUUGAGGAACGCAGCGCCUCACAAACUGUCUCUAUUGUACAAAAACUUCUGUCGCCCAUCGGAAUAUUACGCCAGUUUCGGCAACUUCUACGUAUGCUCUAUCUGCCCUAAGUACAUCGCGUUACCAUCUUUUGCGGCGAUAGUCGAGCACUUUGACAGCCCCGAACACAUUGAAACAGUGUCCAAACUGAUCCGUGUAGCUUUACACCCUGAGACUGAUACACAAAUUUUGGAAUCUAACAAUAUUUCAAUAAACGACGGUUUCAAAUGCGAAUUGUGCUCAGAAACAUUUUCUGAUUCAGGGGAAUCAGUUAAACAUGUGCUAUCUAGUGUGGAUCAUCAGAAUUCUUCAGUGGAGGCCAAAACGAAAGCCAAUAAAGGGGAUGUGAUUAGUGUAUACAUGAAAGGGAAUUAUGUGCUUCACAACGAUGGUGCUACAUUCAAAUGUGUUCCGUGCAAGAGUGUCUUCAAUUCUAUAAGAGCUCUUUUAACUCAUCUCGUUUAUGCGGGACAUUUUGAGCACAAACCGAGUGCUGAAAACGUCUUUCGCUUCUAUUUGGAGAUGAAGCAUAAUGUGAAUAUGUUGGCACGGAAUAAGUAUGAUUAUUAUGACUUUGGGAUGCUGAAGUGUGGGGUCUGCGAGGCGGAUUUGGAGGAGGGGGAGAACGCCAAGAGGCACGUGGUGUCGCCUCGUCACAAGGAGAACAUGGGGGCCAGUUACGUGAAUGUUAGCAUGGAUGUGUCUGCAAAUGAAUGAGUAACGAGUGUUGUCGGUGGAUCGCCGUGUGCUAUAUCGAUGCCUUUCCAUAUAACUAUGAUAUUAUAAGUGUUGGCAGACAGUUUUACAUUAUGAUGAAGUUUUAUUAAAAUGGAUCGAGUAAUUUUUUAAUUUUAUAA